AUGAAUUUUAACGCCAUUUCAUUUUUUGGGAACUGCUUCGAUAGACAGAACAAAAUGUCGGAAACUCAUCACGCUUCAAUAGUAAAGAACUCAACAAGAAAAGGCUGUUGCCCAAAAAGGAAACCUUCUUCGCAAACUCCGCGCAUAAUUUCCGCCAUUCUUCAUGGUAAAGCCACGCUGAUACAAAGUUAUAGAGCGGUGAAUCUUUAUCGCUUUGAACAUGUAAAUGACAAGGACGACGCUAUGGUGGUUAUAGCAGAGGAGUGGCCCUUUGGAAGACGAAAAGUUCCGCCAGAGAAACUAAGUAUCAGUGAACAGGCAGGUAAAUAUUUUGAAGUUGUUUGCGCUUAUAAGACAAGCAGUGA